CACGUACAGUACUUGACGAUUUAGAUUAUAAUAACUAUCUUCUUGAACAGGUUCAAAAGAUACAGAUAUACGGCGUAAAGACGGUCCUCUUGAAAGACACGCUCUUCGCAGGAAUAAACUUGAUGACAACUUUUUCAAAAACCAGAAAAACGUUGCUACUGUAUGAAAACAAGAUGGUUUAUCAAAUACAGGUAUUGAGUGAUAUAAAACUGGUGCUACCAAUAUUCAGAACCUAUUUUAUCCACUUGAUUCUUUGGUCUUUUUCUCCGGCCCGGGUUAACUGGUUUAAACUCAGGCUUAGUAUGUUUAAGCGCUGGUCUAUUGGCUGGCCUGACAAAGAGAGCGCUUCCUUGGCUCAGUUGGUAGAGCGUUAG